CUCGCAGCUCAUGUAGCUAGCAAGUGGUUUGCUCUCAGGGUAGCAGAGGAGGAAACUGCUCCCCGUCUGAUAAGACGCCAGUGAAGAAAGACGCAUGCUGUUUCAGAGGAAUACGGCUGAUUUCCAGAUAUGACCAUGUAUUUGUGGCUUAAACUUCUGGCUUUUGGCUUUGCCUUUCUGGGGGUGUUUAGUACAGGACAAGCCCAAAGUUCUACCUCUCCUGGACUGAACGCAACAGAAGAGGCCGUUGGUAUGCCUCCAAGUGACCCCUCGCCCGCUCGCACCACUGCAUUCUCACCCACAAGCAUCUCUGAAAGAGGAAAUGACUCCUCAGAGACCACACGUCUUCCUAGCCCAGGCAGCACCUCAGCUGAAGUGUUGCUGAUCUCUCUGGAUAAUGCUAGUGCUCCUGCUUUGACAGGUGUCACAACAUCACCGACGCCUCACCUUUCCACGCACGCAGCCUUGCAGGCGUCCUCUGCCGGAUCUGACACUCAGACACUCAGCAGCCAGGCUGCCGCUCUCCCACGCACCCCUGCUCCGGGCAGGAAUGACACACCAGGUGUUCCAGAAGAGAUGAUUACAUCCAGCACCUUCCCUGCAGACACACCUUUGACACCAGUAGCCACCCUCAGCCCUGCACACAGCAGCUCCGCUGCCUUACCUUCACGCAUCUCCAACAUCACCACCAAAGAUAACUCCUCAGAUCUGCACCAUACGCCCACUGCACCACCCACUCUGAGUCCUGCAACAGUCACGGCCUCUCCAGCCGCUCCCACAGCAGCUUCUACUCCACGUCAGCCAUCAUGUGGGGACAAAUAUGAAAAAAUCUCUGUGGACUACCAUUAUGACAAGACAAACAAAUAUUUUAAUGCAAAACUAAAUGUUAGUGAUGAAGUGGAAUGUGCAUCUACUGAUAAAAAUAUUAUGUGUGUAAACAAUACAAUUAGUUUGAAGGGCCUACAAGAAUGUGAAAUUUUCGCUGUUAAUAUAUCUGACGAUUCGUGUUCUACUCCACAUAAAAGUUUACAGUUAGUAGUACCACCAGAUCCUGAAAAUUUUACACUAGAUAGCUGUGUAGAGCCUGAUAAAGCAGAUACCUCUAUUUGUUUACUAUGGAAAAAACGUGGCGCUACUUGUGAAAAAGAUAAAAUUGCAUACAAAUUUCAAUGUGAUCAUUCAACUUCAUCUAAUGUGACAUAUUCAUCUAAUGGGACACAAUUUAACGCAGAAGGCUUUGAACCUAACCGUAAUCAUACUUGCCAUUCACAAAUAAUCUAUAAUAAUCAUUUGCUUAUUAAUAAAACAGAAAUUAUUGCAACAGAUUUUGGAAUUCCAAAAGAGCCUGAAAAUCUUAUGUGUAGAAAUAAAAGCUCAGAUCAAGGAGAGAUUACCUGGAAACCCCCUGAAAAUUCUUUUGACAACUUUACUCUUUGUUAUCAGAACACUUCAGAUCAAAAAUGCUUCUAUCCGGAUAAAAGUCAGACCAAAUAUGAUUUGAAAAAUUUGAAACCUUAUACAAAAUAUAAUAUAUCAUUACGUGCCCAUGUCACCGGAAAAAUACUACGAAGUGGAACUGCUGUGACAUGCACUUUUACAACAGGAACAGCAGCUCCAAGCCGGGUCAAGAACCUGAAGGUUUUUCGGAAUUCAGAUAAUAGUGUGAUUGUGGAUUGUAAGCCUCCUGAGGUGUUUAAUGGCCCUAAGACACACUUCUACUAUUUGGAAGUCAAAACUGGAGAUGACUCGCUUAGAGUGAGAAAAGACAAAAAGUGCCACUUCUCUGUAGAAGAUCUUCAAUAUUCAACAACAUAUACGUUUGAGGUCUAUUAUCAUAAUGGGGAACACAGCGGACCUCCAGAAAUUGUUUCAGAAACAACAUCUUAUAAUUCUAAAGCCUUGAUUAUAUUUCUGGUAUUUCUUAUUAUUGUGACAUCAAUAGCCCUGCUGAUUGUCCUCUAUAAAAUCUAUGAUCUGCAUAAGAAAAGAUCCAGCAAUUUAGAUGAACAACAGGAGCUUGUUGAAAGGGAUGAUGAGAAACAGCUGAUGAACGUGGAGCCAAUCCAUGCAGAUAUUUUGUUGGACACUUACAAGAAAAAGAUUGCUGACGAAGGAAGACUUUUUCUGGCUGAAUUUCAGAGCAUUCCACGGGUGUUCAGCAAGUUUUCUAUCAAGGAUGCUCGAAAACCCUUUAACCAAAAUAAAAACCGUUAUGUUGACAUCCUUCCUUAUGAUUACAACCGUGUUGAACUCUCUGAUAUAAAUGGAGAUGCAGGGUCAAAUUAUAUCAAUGCCAGCUAUAUUGAUGGUUUCAAAGAACCCAGGAAAUACAUUGCUGCACAAGGUCCCAGGGAUGAAACUGUUGAUGAUUUCUGGCGGAUGAUCUGGGAACAGAAAGCCACGGUUAUUGUCAUGGUCACUCGAUGUGAAGAAGGAAACAGGAACAAGUGUGCAGAAUACUGGCCAUCAAUGGAAGAGGGCAGCCGGGCUUUUGGAGAUGUUGUUGUGAAAAUCAAUGAGCACAAAAGAUGUCCAGAUUAUAUCAUUCAGAAGCUGAAUGUUACAAAUAAAAAAGAAAAAGUAACCGGAAGAGAGGUGACUCACAUCCAGUUCACCAGCUGGCCGGACCACGGGGUGCCCGAGGACCCUCACCUGCUCCUCAAGCUGCGACGGCGCGUGAACGCUUUCAGCAACUUCUUCAGCGGCCCCAUCGUGGUGCACUGCAGCGCUGGUGUGGGACGCACAGGCACCUAUAUCGGCAUUGACGCCAUGCUGGAAGGCCUGGAGGCAGAGAACAAGGUGGAUGUGUAUGGCUACGUCGUCAAGCUAAGGCGACAGAGAUGCCUGAUGGUUCAAGUGGAGGCACAGUAUAUCCUGAUCCAUCAGGCCUUGGUGGAAUACAAUCAGUUUGGAGAAACAGAAGUGAGCUUGUCUGAAUUACAUUCAUAUCUACCUAACAUGAAGAAGAGAGACCCACCCAGUGAGCCAUCUCCACUGGAGGCUGAAUUCCAGAGACUUCCAUCAUAUAGGAGCUGGAGGACACAGCACAUUGGAAAUCAAGAAGAAAAUAAAAGUAAAAACAGGAAUUCUCACAUCAUUCCAUAUGACUUUAACAGAGUGCCACUUAAACAUGAACUGGAAAUGAGCAAAGAGAGUGAGCAUGAUUCAGAUGAAUCUUCUGAUGACGACAGUGACUCAGAGGAAACCAGCAAAUACAUUAAUGCAUCUUUUAUAAUGAGUUACUGGAAGCCUGAGGUGAUGAUUGCUGCUCAGGGACCGCUGAAAGAGACCGUUGGUGACUUUUGGCAGAUGAUAUUCCAAAGAAAAGUCAAAGUUAUUGUUAUGCUGACAGAGCUAAGGAGUGGAGACCAGGAAGCCUGUGCUCAGUACUGGGGAGAAGGGAAGCAAACAUAUGGAGACAUAGAAGUUGAUAUGAAAGAAACCAACAUAUCUCCAGCUUACACCCUCCGUGUAUUUGAAUUGAGGCAUUCCAAGAGGAAAGAUCCUCGAACUGUGUGCCAAUAUCAAUACACCAACUGGAAUGUGGAAGAGCUUCCUGCAGAACCCGAGGAGUUGAUCUCUAUGAUUCAGGUUCUCAAACAAAAACUUCCCAAGAGGAGUGCCCCUGAAGGGAACAAGCAUCACAAGAGUGCACCUCUCCUGGUUCAUUGCAGAGAUGGAUCUCAGCAAACAGGAAUAUUUUGUGCCUUGUUAAAUCUCUUGGAAAGCGCAGAAACAGAAGAAGUGAUAGACGUUUUUCAAGUAGUGAAAUCUCUACGCAAAGCUAGGCCAGGAAUGAUUCCCACCUUUGAGCAAUACCAAUUCCUAUAUGACAUCAUUGCUAGCACCUAUCCUGCCCGGAAUGGACAAGUAAAGAAAAACAACAAUCAAGAAGAUAAAAUUGAAUUUGAUAAUGAAGUGGACAAAACAAAACAGGAUGCUAAUUGUGUUAGUUCACCUGAUGCCCUAGAUAAGGUCCAGGAAGGAAACAAAGAGGAGGAAGGUUCCAAACCCACAAGUGGCCCUGAGGAGCCAGAACACUCUGCCAAUGGCCCAGCAAGUCCAGUUUUAACUCAAAGUGCAUAGGAAAAGACGUAAGUGGGACAACUCAGAACCUCAUAGUAAACGUUAUUUCUACUUUUCUAGAAGUAGGAGAGCAAAAUAGAUAUACAGUGGAUUAAUGAAGUGCAUUGGAACAAUAUUUGUGGGAAGGUUUUUUUUUUUACUUCUGUAGAAAAAUAUUUAAGACAGUUUUGCUAAAACAUUUUGUACAGUCUUAUGCUUCUUUUACAAUUUUACCCAUCUUGCAGCAAAAUAGAACUUCUUUGCAGUCUUUGCGUGUGUGUGUGUGCGAGAGAGAGAGACAGACAGACAGAGAGACAGAGAAUUCUUUCAAGUGAAUGUAGAUGCUCUUGAGAAACUUUGCCUUUUUGUCUUUUUGAAGAAAAAAUACAACAUUUUAUACUGGAAGUGUUAACUUAGCUUAAAGGAUCUAUUUUUUAAAUCAUAAAUUGUGUGUGGGUUCUAAGAAUAACACGACAUUUCUACAAUGACCUCAAGAUGUCCUCCUUGUUCUAUUCAUAUGUAUCUUAUAGUUUACUAUUUUACUCCUAGAAAUAGACAUAAAUGUAGUAUGUGUGUGUAUAGUUACUACAGGAAAGUGAACUAAAUUAACAUUUGGAAAACUUACAUUCCAUAUGUUAGCAUUUAUUCCAACAUCUUUUCAGGCUUAUUUAAUCUCAUUUAAAAUUUUCAAGCAAGCCUAUCUUGUCAUCUUCACGUGGUGUUUACAAUUUUGUAACAUGGUUUAUUCUCUGUAUAAUAUGUGAAAUUCAUUGCUUGAUACUUUUGACCCCAAAUUAUGUUUGUUACAACUGAACUUAAAUAAAAGUCUUUAAACAAA